AAGUAUGUGGUUGCUGAGUAUAAUAAAGGCAACAAUAAAGAACCUUUACCACCUAAAGUUUAUGGUCAGCCAAAAAAAAAGUUGGAUAGUGAUCUUGUUGGACUUUUGUGCAGUCUUAUUCUGGCUGCAAAUACCUCUAAUGCCCCAUUAUUCACAUCA